ACGAAAGAAUUGAUUUUUAUUGAUGAAUACCAUCAUUACUUCAAAUGUUUAUGCAACUUUUGAUGCUAUCAUGUUUUCCAUGCCUUCAUUUUGACAGUGGUGGCGAAAUUUGAAAAAAUAGACUGUGUACAUCCGUUUCUCACCCCUCCAAAAAAAUCGGGGAGAGAAAGAACGAAAAAAAAAACAAUCGAGAACCAUCUUGACGAUCGAUAGAUGGAUAUGACGUCAUUCCCUCAAACUAGUUUGACUCAGCAUGAUUUCUUGUUAUUUUCAGUAAAUAGACAUUUAAAUUUUUCGUCUCAAAAAUAUAAUUUGGGAGGGCUCGAUAUCAGAUGACGCUUUUCCUGUGAUUGUAAAAAUAUCUCAUCGACAUCGAAAAAUACCAUCGGGUGCUUUUUGGCGCUCGUAAAAUUCAACCUGAAAGAUGUGUUUGAGGAAAUGGUUAUAGUUAGGAAGGUGUGGUUUUCGUGGGUGACCCAAAUUGGUCUGCGUUUCCUGAAUGUUGUAUGUUAUAUGUGCUCCAUAAAAACUCGUAAAGUCAAAAUGACAUUGAUGAAGGAGAUGCUGUUGUAGUUUCCGCAUUGCGGAAUCAGCUUCUGGUAGUGUUGAAAAACACGAAGCGAGUAGGCUUGCGAGAUCGUCUUUCCGUCACGCACGCUGAUGAUGUCAUUGUAUAAUCAAGUCAAAGUCAUCUUGAAUUUCGCCAGACCCUAAUAUCGUCUUGUUAACAUAAUACUCAAGUUUAUAUAUUUGCUUAGAUGUUGUACGGCCCUUUGACUAUACGUACAUCUAUAUACAACCACUGGAGCGUUUUGUUUACAAAAACUCAAGGACAAAAGCAUCUGUGAGGUGUCGCUUCUGAUCUUCUGGUUAAUUAAAAUCGAAGAGGUUUUCAUUAGGAAUUUGAUGAUCAUCAUUAUAGGAUUUCCAGGGACCGGAACGCACUGGCAUUGACCAUUUAAUUUGAGAAAAGAGUUCUUCGUAGAAACGAGUCUUCUGUGGGGACUGUAAUAGGAUUAUAUAUUCGGAUUGGAUGUCGAAGACUAGACCUGGCUCGGUCAAUGCUGAACGAAGUCUGAUAUAACUAGUUUCAAGCUGAAAACGUGUCUUUUGAUUAACAUAACGGUAAGAGGGCACUGUAUCGCUGAAUCAACCCAACACAUGUGAUACCAGUUGAAUUUCGCGUGCUAUUUCCGCUAUUGGACGAUACAUCAUGUUUACGAAAUAUGCUCGACUUGUGUCAUGAGUUACUAGCCGUCAUUAAUAUACUGGCUUCAGGCGCUUUACGGCGAAGUAAAUUUUGAAUUCGUGCUGAAAAAGCUGGAGUUUCAUUCAAGGGACAACAUAAUAGGAAUGCUAAGGUUGUUUGCAUGUCGUUCCGAUACAACAACGCUCGACGAGGAGAAGGACUACACGACUGUCGACCUCGAGAGACACAGGCCGACAUACAAAGUCAAAUAUUUAGGCUGCGAGGAGCUUUACAAACCCGAUUUAUCGCAAAUGUGCGAUACUGUAAACGACAUUUAUAACAGACAAAGAAGUCGGUUCAAGAAGUUAAACCGUUGUUCAUUAGUUAUAACAAAAGAAGCGCUGAUUCUACGAGAUCCGGACAAAACAGAGGACGAAGAGCAAGGAUUCUGUCUGAAGCGAAUACUGUAUUGCGGUGUGUAUGGUAGACAUCAACGAUUGUUUUUCUAUAACUAUCAAUUUGGAAUAAAGGGAGACUUAGUAAAUUGCCAUGCUAUAUUAUGUGAAAGUAAAGAAGAAGCCAAAAGCUUGGCUAAAGUCAUUUCCAAAGCAUUCAAAUACGCUGCUCACAAAGCGCAUCAAGAGGACUUGGAAAAUCGCAAACUCCAUGCGCGAGGGCUAAGUCAAAGUAGUCUUUCGGAGCAAAGAAGGUACUAUGAGAGCUCUCGAGGAACUUUAAACGCCAGCGAGGAAUUCCCGCCAAAGGGCAAAGAAGGAAAAGAAAGAGUUAGAAGGUAUAACGAUUGGGAGAUUACGGACUCUUCACGAGAUGAUACGAGUAUGAGCUCAUUUACUGCGGAAAUUCGUGAUAUAAUGGAAACAUCUUCUAUCACAAAUUUCGAUGAAAUACAAGAAGAAUCUUCUAGUCUACUUGAACGAUCCCAGGUUGACGAUGAGAAUACGGUUAGCGAUGAAAAUUCAAGUCAAAAAGGAUAUGAUUUUCACCCGAUGGAAUUUUCAAUGAAUAUUGAGGACAUCGACCACUGGUCUCUUGUUGAGAAUUUAUUUUCGACGGAUGUAUAGCUAGAGAAUAGCUAGCCGGAAUAUUUACGACAUUAAUAACGUCUGGUAUCGAGACUGGAAGAUGCGUAAGCUUUGAACUGAUAAUAGUCGUCUUAAGUGAAAUCUCCAUGUAUUUGUUUUCGAAAAAACACAGCCACUCAUCGCAAUUAUACGACGCCUCGAGGCGCUGUCACGCUAUGUUGUCUGCAUUGAAUGGCGUUCUAUAAAGAUGACUGCAACAUUAAUUAAACAUGCUCCAGAAUCCAUUCCACCCAAGACUCUCUCAUAGAACAUUUUAGCGUUCGUUUGGGUCUACUUUUAUAAUUGAACAUAUAUAUGUUUUCGAUGUUUUCUUCUUGAAACUAUCACAAAUAACUCAAUAAUAGUUAUUGGUGGCCAAAGUAUUUUGAUUACUUGGUUCUAGCAUUAGGGCUAUACGAAGAAGGUAUUUGUGUUAUUUGGGCUUAAAGUAGAUUUACAGAAAGUACUCUUCGAUUUUAUUCAAGUAAUGGAUGUCACUCAAGUUAUUCCAUACAGGUCUUCUUUAGGAUCCUCUGUACUGUCUCAGACAAACAUUUGGUGUUUAAUCUAUUAACUACAAUACCAGUGUAAGAAUUAUAUUUAGAAUUUUAAUAAAUUCAUGCAAACAGAGA